UACCAGGAAACUUCCAAAAGAGGGUGGAAUGGGGGUGAACGAUGAGGAAAUAAUCUCUCCCCGGCACAGCCCGAGGGCCAUCUGGUUGUCAGCAGCGCCUGCGCGGGCGCUGUCCUCCCUCCGGGUGGAGGAUGCGCGCGCAGCGCUUUCCGCCAUCCGGAAGUUUGCGUAGGACAGCUAAGGAUACUGCUAAGAUGGAGUUGUCAGCCCAGUGAAUCUGAGGGCCAGACCGUGACCCCUUAAAGCAUGUUCACCUUCUGUCCAGACUGUGGCAAAAGUAUCGAAGCCUCAUUCAAAUUCUGCCCCUACUGCGGAAAACCUUUGUCCUUAGCGGAGUAUGAAGGGUCCCAGAACUUUGUCAGACCGCGUACGUCAUCCUUCCGAGGCUCAAGGAGACAAAGCAACUCCAGUCCUGAGAUCCCUUCUAAGAAAGUGAGAUGGUCCAGCUCUGUCACCUCCCCCUCAUCAUCCCUCUGCUUAGAUGGUGACAGUUCCGGGUCUGAAGAUACUGUGAGAUCCAAAGGGUCCUGGAGCAGACCCCCAACCCCCAAAAGCAGCCCACAGGCAACCAAGCGAAGCCCACAGGCGACGAAGAGAAGCCCACAGACACUGAAGCGGAGCCGGGUGACAACCUCACUUGAGGCUCUGCCCACAGGGGCGGUGGUGACAGACAAGAGUGGGCGGCACUGGAAGCUGGGACCCCUCCAGACCAGGGAUGACCAGGGCAUUCUCUAUGAAGCUGAAGCUCUCUCCACCCUCGCCUGCAAGUCAAGUCAGAAGCAGACGUUCUCGCUUAAACUCGAUGCCAAGGAUGGGCGCUUGUUCAACGAGCAGAACUUCUUCCAGCGGGCCGCCAAGCCUCUGCAAGUGAACAAGUGGAAGAAGCUGAACGCGACCCCCCUCCUGGCCAUCCCCACCUGCGUUGGUUUUGGGAUUCACCAGGACAGGUACAGGUUCCUGGUGUUUCCCAGGCUGGGGAGGAGCCUUCAGUCGGUCCUGGAUGACAACCCGAAGCACAUCUUGUCGGUGAAGUCUGUAUUCCAGAUGGCCUGCCGGCUGCUGGAUGCCCUGGAGUUCCUCCAUGAGAAUGAGUACGUCCAUGGAAAUGUGACAGCUAAGAACAUCUUUGUGAGUCCAGAGGACCUGAGCCAGGUGACACUGGCAGGCUACGGCUUCACCUUCCGCUAUGCCCCCGGUGGCAAACACGUGGCCUACAUGGAAGGCAGCAGGAGCCCACAUGAGGGGGAUCUUGAGUUCAUGAGCCUUGACCUACACAAGGGAUGUGGGCCAUCCCGCCGCAGCGACCUCCAGACCCUGGGCUACUGUUUGCUGAAAUGGCUCUACGGUAUCCUGCCAUGGACAGACUGCCUUCCCAACAUCGAGGAUAUCAUGAAGCUGAAACAGAAGUUUCUUGACAACCCGGAGAGCCUCGUGGGACAGUGCAGUCGCUGGAUCUGUCCCUCAGAGACCCUGCAGGAGUACAUGAAGGUGGUGAUGACCCUCGGGUACGAUGAGAAGCCGCCCUACAACAUGCUGAGGAGCAGUCUAGAAGACUUGCUACGGGAUCUGCGGGCGUCAGCCUACGACCCGGUGGACCUCCAGAUGGUUCCAUAGAGGAUCCUGAUGAACAAGACACACUGAGGUCCUUGAGCUUGUGGACCCUCCAAUCAAGUGGAAGGAGAAGCCAUCAAGUGAGACGACAACUUGGGGCUGUGCUCCACAUCCUG